AUGAAUCAUAUCAUUGUCCCAAGUUGUUUCAAUGAUGGUUGUGAUAGUGCAGAUGAUCUCAGAAAUGAGGAAUUUGAAGAUAUUAUCUUGAUUGAUUGGGUAUCAGCCACCAUAGCAUUUGCAAGUGAAGAAGAACCUGGUACUGUUACAGGGACAGCAGCAUUUAUGAACAAAACUUUAAUGGUACUUGCUGAAGGAAUAAUAAAGAUAGAAAGAGCUCCAGUUGAUGAUCUUGUAUCUUUAGCAUAUACUUUGCUUUGGAUGUGGCCCAUGAUCAGUCUUCUAGACAAUGAUGGUGUAGGACUAUUUGUGGCAUGGGCUCGGUCUCUUAACAGGAUGGUGACAGUGAAUGAGAUUAACUAUAAUGAGGGAAAACGUAGGGCUUCUGAUGACUGA